ACAGGUGGGAGGAGCUUACACAUACGUGUAUCCGAGUCAGUCGGUUGUUUAUGGACUUUUAUUUUUGUUCCCACCAACGUGAAGAACAUUUUGUGAACUCUUGUUGAUGCCAUCAAGCGUCCAUUUAUCGGCAACCUUUGGAUGCCUGAAAUAUGUCCUCGCAUCGCCACAUGAGGUUUGUGUGAAAGCAGGAAGUGUUGAACCACAACAGUCGGACAGUCAUGAUGAGCACAGUGAAUGUUUAAGGCUUCAGGAUGGCUGGUAGCAGCCUAGAGGAGAGGACUUUGGAAGUUCUGGAUAUUCCUGAUGAUGUGGACAAUGACUUCCUCUCGCUAUACUUUGAAAACAAGAGGCGCUCUGGAGGAGGGGAUGUGGUUUCUCUGGAAAGACAUGGAAACAAAGUAGUGGUGGUGUUUGAAGAGGCUGAGGUUGCUGCCAGAGUUCUCGCCAAGUCCCAUGUCCUCCAGGAAACCACAUUGACAGUGCGAAAGAAACCGCCGAAGGACCCUGGAAAACUGUUGCUGAGAGGGCUCAAUCCAAACACUAGUUUGGAGUUAAUGGAACUUUAUGUAGAAAACCUUAUUGGAAUGGAGUCUGGAUCAGACUUCUAUCUGUAUCCGUCUCCAAGCAAGGACCUGGUUCUAAUACACCUACAAACACACUUGUCUAAAGAUUUUCAGACUCUAAGUGACAAAGUUUCGAAGAAGCAUCUUGAAGGAGCAAAAAUCACUCUGGAGCAGAUUGAAUCUACAGACUCCAUUGUGGUGGCCAACCUGACUCCCAGUGUCACAGAGGACAUGCUAGAGCUCUAUUUUGGAAGUAGUCAUGGAGGAGGGGCAGAUGUUCUAGGAGUUACCAUGCUGGCAGAGGGAUGUGCUAAAGUGUCGUUCAAGGAUGUUAAAUCUGUGGACUGUGUUCUCCAGAAAUCCCAUAACCUAGAAGGCACAGAUUUAAUCGUGAAGCCGUACUUUGACUUCCUGCAAGAGGUAGUGGAUCAGUCAACUGAGAGAGCUCAAAGUGGACAGGGAACGUUAUCGGAGGAGACAGACCAGACUGAGACUAGAAGCAGUGCUGUCUCAGCCCUCAGUCCUACUGCUUCUGAUGCAAUGACAGGCACCAGCUUUGAUCAUAGUGUUGCUCUCACAAACAACGUCACAAGUUUAGUUAGCGGAACUGCUGCAACGUCAUCAAAAGUUGAGCCCAUGGAUACCGAACCAUCUAGUCCAAAAGAAAGUUAUAGCUUCAUAUCUGUGCCUGACACCAACAAACAUCAGAUGCUCAGUUUGAGUAACCUACCAGGAAACCUCACAAAGGCUCACCCCAAUUUUGAGGUCAGUCUGAAAAAAGAUGGUGUCCAAAUCAAAGGUCCAGGUCAAUUUGAAGUAGAAAGACUUAAAAACAAAGUUUUGGAGUUCCUAAGUGGUAUUGUACAGGUACAUCUGACAUAUGACACCGUCAAAGCCGAGUUUCUAGGAAGGGAGGAUGUUAAAACGAGGCUGCUUUUGUCCUUGAGAGAUUUACCAUCAACUUACAAUGUGUCAGACUGUAUGGUCACUGUAACGUCCUCGUCUCAUAGCGGGGUCAAGCAGGCCUGUGACCUAAUAGAGUCCCAUAUAGCUGAGUUUACUGUGCCAGUAGCCAGAGAGUAUGAGUCUGUGCUCUUCUCGCAGGAGUGCUCUGACUUACUGGGCUCUCUGGACUUCUGCAGUGCUAAAGUAUCUGACACCGGUGAAAUGAUUACUGCAGUCACCCUGAAAGGGAUAGAAAAGGUGAAUCGAGACAAGAUUGUUCAGUUUCUUAGCACACCAAUUCAGAGGGAGACUGUCCUCACUAUGGAGCCAGGAAUGCUCACAUUCCUACAACUCCAUCAUCGAGAUCUACUGGCAGACAUGGGAGAGGUCAUCUUAUUCCCACUGGAGACCGGAGAUGGUUUGAGUAUCCAGGGAGAUCUGAAUGCAUGUCAGAUGGCAGAGGAGGUGUUGAGGAGUGUUAUUGACUCCACCUGCACAAAGUGCAUUGUGGUCAGUCAGCCUGGCAUUUCCCGCUUCCUGCUGGAGGAGGAGGGUGCCAACAUACUGGCAGAGAUGACAGCCAAGUUCCAGGUGUACAUUAACAUAGAGAAGGUGCACUGGGAACCACUAGAGGACAAAGAUAUAUUUGAGCUGGCAUGGAAAAUGACUCCAUGUCAAAACAUUCAAAGAAAUUCCUCAGGAAAUUCUGUUCCGGACUUCAAUCUUGAAGCUCCAGUUGUCAGUAAUCUGAAUGCAACUGAUGCCAACACUUCAGCUCGUAUCGAAGAAGCUAAAAGGAUCCUUUCCGUCAUUGGCAGUGAUCUGACCCCUGAACCUUCCAGUUUAGGAGCCACAGACAUGGAAGAGGAAGAUCUGUACUCAGAUCAGGACCAAGAUGCCUCAGCAAUGCAGGAAGAUAACAGUGACAAACCUCAGGCACUGCAGGUCGUUGAUGUCCUGAGCUCCUCUUCAUACAUGAACACCUGCAGUCUAGAGGAAGACGCAAGACUCUCACUGGCAAUUCAGCUAUCUAUGGAGAUCAACAAGAGAACGGACACUGAUGAUCUCCAGAAAGCUCUUGAACUUUCCAAAAGUGAAUCCAUGCCAACAGAAGAAAACAUGCAGUUUGAGAAGGCUGUUGAGAUGUCGUUGCAGGACGGCAUCAAAUUGUCCAAUACGGCCAAGAUCUUCGUGUACGCUAACUAUACCCAUGAUCUUGUUAGGGUGGACAUCGCAUUGGGGAAGAAGGUGGGGCUGAGGCAGUGUAUGGAGAAGUUUGAACACAAGAAUCUACGGAAGCUUUCCAUCCACCAGAAGAGAUGCAUAGAGCUUAUUAAGAGAAAGCAUGCUGUAGACAUCAACAUACAAGGCACGACCGCCAUCAUCUCUGGCUUUAAAGAUUACGUCUCUGAAGCCGUUACUGAUUUGAAGAGUUUCCUGAAAAGGACAGUGAAUAUGAUGAGUGAUGAUGAAAUCGUAAAGUCGGUACAAUGGGUGUGGUAUGAGCAGGGGUCUGCUGCAGCGAUACCAUACCCACCAGAUGCCAUAGUGUUCAUUGAGAAUGCUUGGAAGAUGAAACAGAAGAAGAUUGAUAUUCUGUUCAACAAUCAGCCAUACAGCAUUGACUUUGAGAAGAUGGAGGAGCACAGUUUGGCAUCUGGGAAAUCUGUGCCUAUUAAACGAAAAAUGCUGAGUGCAGAGGACUUGUAUACGGAUGUUACAGAUGAAGAUUACAGUCUGCUGUCCAACAUGCCUGAAGUUUCCAAAGUGGAUGAAGACUCGGAUGAAUUUCAAAAAGUGAUCAAAGACUUUUAUGACACCAUUCAGGAACACCACAACAGAAUCAAAAUCAUUAAGGUCGAGAAGCUCAAGAACAAACUUCUGUAUGACCAGUAUAGGCUGAAGAAGGCCAGUAUGGAGGGCAGCUCCUCUGAGCCUGAGGUGGAACGCAUUCUCUACCACGGCACCAGUGAAACCAGCGUAAAGGAGAUCUGUAUUCAUGGCUUCAACAGAAGCUUCUGUGGAAAAAAUGCUACUGUGUAUGGUCAGGGUGUGUACUUCGCUGUUAACUCUGCUCUUUCUGUGUCGGACACCUACUCUCCACCCAAUGCAGAUGGCCACAAGUUUAUUUUGGUUGCCAGAGUUCUCACAGGAGACUAUACAGUGGGCCAGCAUGCAAUGAAGACGGCUCCACUCAAAGAGAGUUCUGCCGUACCUGUCAGAUAUCACAGCGUGACCGAUAAGAUCAGCGAUCCAACUUUAUUUGUCAUCUUCAAUGACACACAGGCCUAUCCAGAGUACCUUAUCACAUGCAAGAAGAUCUACAGUUGAUCACAUAGUCUCAGAUGUUUUCCUCAGGCAUGCACUUAAAAUAUCUCCGGCAGUCACAAUAUGAGAUAGUAAAGUCUGCUUUUUUCGUAGUGCUGACAUUUCUUUUUCUUUAAAAGAAAUUAAGUCUGAACAGUACUUGUGACAGUAUGAAAAGCAACUGGCAGAACAUGCUGUACGUUCUGUUUUCUCUUUCGUGUUCUUUGGUCUAUCAUAACACUUUUUUUUAUAAACAUAAUUUGUAGGCUACAUUAUAUAAAAUAUAAAAUGAGAUGUUGUUUAGAUUGAAGGGAUAGAUCCCCCAAAAAUAAAAAUAUGUUUGGCAGAAUGUUAUAGACUGAAAACCUCAGUCACCACUCAUUUUCAUUUUAUGGAAAGAGCAGUGUCAAAAUUCUUGAAAGUUUCUCCCUGUGUGUUGCAUGGAAAAAAGAAAGUCAUUCGCAUUUGACAUGAUGGUAAGUAAAUUAUUUUCAUUUUUGGGUGAACUGUUUAAGCCUGUCAAAUUCACAUCACUCGCAGUUUAAUUUUGGAUUUUAUUGGAUGCUUUGAGUAAAUAAAUGCUUUUAAGAAAUUAAGCAGUCUGCCCUGUGGAAUAAAUGUAUUUGCAGUUAUUUUUUUCUUGGAAUCAGUAUUGCUGCAUUUACUCAUACAAUAAAUACAUGUUUUGCUUUAUGAA